AUGCGGUUUGUCCGCUGUGAUUCCCUGGCUCAGCAAACAGGCGCCGUAGAGCGCCCUUUUGGGCGCCUAUUCUUAGAAAUAGUCAAAACAGACAUGUUUGACAGUGGAAUAGAUUCUCAGAGUUGGUGGUGGACUAGCCAACUGAAAAAUAGUCAAAACAACAUGUUUGACAGUGGAAUAGAUUGUCUCAGAGUUUCCACUACCCAUAUCAGUGAGGAUACAAUUAAGUCAGAAUUGGUUAUUCCUUCAGCUCAUCUUGUAGAUGAAGGAAAUUACACCUGCACAGCUGCCAACUUUCUUGGCAACUCCUCAGUCACAAUGAUCCUGAAAGUCCAGGCCCCCCGCAUGGUGGCCUCUUCCUUCUCUUCUUCCAUCUCAGAGGAAAAUUCAUACAUUGAUGUGAGGAUUGCCAAGCAGACCGUCUAUGGGAUCACUCUGGAGUGGUAUACCGUGACUGAGAAUCCAGGGGAAACCUGGUAUACUCUCCAUUUUGGGAAGUAUGAUGACACCAAGAAGGACAUGAUUUAUAUUGGACCUGGAAUCAAUAGCUACUCAGUCAAUGAUUUGCUCCCUGCCACCAAGUAUGAAGUCUGUGUUACUCUGAGGAAUCAGACGCCUCAAAAAGGGCAGUGCAUUGUGUUUGUGACAGGAAGUGACAUCAGUCAACUAGAACAGAGAGAGAAACUCAUCCACAUCAUUAUCAUUGUAUGCGCUAUGGUCUUGGCUGUCCCUGCUGGGAUGUAUGCCUGCACCACAGAGACGAGAUUCAAUUGCAUGCAGAAAUGUGCUGACCUCUGUCGCAAGAACAGGAGAGGGCAAAACCUGAAAGGAGUCAACAAAGAAAGCACUUUUGACAGCUUGCCAACAGGCAGUGAAGAGGGGCUCUGCCGACGAGACUCCAGUGAAGACAAGAGAAAGCUAAAAACUAGUGAAGACAAGGAGAAGGCCAACAAGCAGAAACCUGAGCACAGAAAUAGUGCUGAUCUCUAUUAA